AUGAAUCUGGCAGGCUUCUCGUACUUUCCGAGCAUGUGUAACGUGACCACGGAACAGCAGCGCUCCCCUGCAGAGGCAUCGAGUCCGGUGAGCGCCUCUCCGAACCUCAGCCUGUUGGAUUCUCCGGUACAAGGCCGAAGUCACGAUGCGAUGAUAAUCAAGUCGGAGCCCAGAGGCUGUAGCCCAGUCACGGACGGCGGGGAGUCCAGUCUAGGACAGGCUGAAGAUCAGACGCCCCAGUCGGGGAGCCGGCGCAGGAAGCGGCCUGUCCAGAGGGGGAAACCUCCUUACAGUUAUAUCGCGCUUAUAGCAAUGGCCAUCGCCAAUUCACCGGAAAGAAAGCUCACCCUUGGUGGCAUCUACAAAUUUAUCAUAGAACAGUUUCCCUUCUAUCGGGAGAACUCUAAAAAGUGGCAGAACUCCAUUCGACAUAACCUCACCCUAAACGAUUGCUUCGUUAAGAUUCCCCGAGAGCCUGGACGUCCCGGUAAGGGAAACUACUGGAGCUUGGACCCAGCGGCUGAGGACAUGUUCGACAACGGUAGCUUUCUACGACGGAGGAAACGCUUCAAGCGCACGGACAUCAGCACCUACCCGGGGUACAUGCAAAACUCGAGUGCCUUCACCCCUACCCCUGUAGGGAGGCCGACUUAUAAUAACACUCUGUACACUGGGAUGAACCCGGGUUACAACCCACAGAUCCACAGUAGUAACCAUUACCCCGCAGUGCUCCACCACUAUCAGAGUUCGGGGGGCACCGCUCAGGGGCAGCAUAGGAUGUUCAGCAUCGAUAACCUCAUCAGCCAGCAGUCUGUCUUGCAGUCGUCGCCCGCAGCAGAGCUCAGCCACCAGAACUUGGGCCUGAACGGCGAUCUCGGAGCCAGCUGUGCUGUUUCGACGGCAGACCAGGCGGCAUGCUUCCAGGGCCAGUCAGUUAGUCCAUCCGGUGUGCUGAACAGAGUGAGCGGCGCCAACCUGGCACCAUACCCUUACCCCUCCUCUCCACCCCAUCUAGCACCUGUGGCGCAGAGCACCUACUCAGCAGGUAGCUCUCAAAUGUACAGCUCCUCCAAUAGACUCUCCCUGCCUCCCAUGAGGUCCACCUCCUGCACGGAGCACGCCGACCCCCUCCUUGGUCUGUCCGGCGCACAGAUGAACGGACUCGGACAAUACAGCAGCAGUAACACCUACGGGAGGCCGGCGAGCUUUGGCACGGGAUUAGACAGGUACCUAUGA